AUUUAGCACCUUACUUUUAGUCGAUUACGACCAAUUUAGAUGGUCAAAAAAUGUAGUACUGAUAUACUACAUUCUGAUUGGUCCAGGAGCAUCUCACGCGGAUCGUGCCUAAUCACCGUCGGAUGCUCCUGAUCCAACGGCCCGCCUGUCUCACCCACGUCGCCCAACCCACAACUUGCACUCCCUCCCAUGCACCCAACCGCACCCAACCCCUCGUGCCCUCCUCUCUCUCUCUCGAACCCUAGCGCUCCACUCCUCCCUGGCCGCUGCCACCUCCGACGCCCUCUGUCCGCCACCACCUCCGGCGCCCUCUGUCCGGCGAGGUCCAUAUGGAUCGAUCCCCUCCAAUCCGCCACCACCUCUGGCGCCCUCUGUCCGGCGAGAUCCAUAUGGAUGGAUCCCCUCCAACCCUCCAACCCACGACUCCUCCUCCUCUCCUCCUCUCUGGAUCUCUGGAUCGACCCAACCGCCAGCCCCAAUUUGUUCAUUCAGUUAAUCGGCUCGGCUCCAUCGGCACGCCAAAUCUCCACGACCAGCCGCCUUUCCCUCCCGUAGCCGACAUGCCUAGGAAGGAGCGCAACGCCGAGGGCAGCCGGAGCUCGUCGCGGCGGUGGCGGCGGCGGUCGCCGUCCGACUCGGACUCCGACUCCGACUCCGGUGGCUCGCCCCGCCGGGGCCAGAGCCGCCACCGCCGCAGGAGCCGCCGCAAGGCCGCCCCGUCCUCCUCCUCCUCCUCCUCCAGCGGCGCGAGCGAUUCGCAGGCGUCCGGCUCCGGCUCCGACUCCGGGGACCGCCGAAGGAGGCGGAGCGGGAGCGCCAAGCGCGGGGGCGUCACCGAGGAGCAGAUCCUGGAGUACAUGUCCAAGAAGGCGCAGAAGAAGGCCGAGAAGGUGGCCAAGAAGAUGAAGGCCAACGCGGUGUCGGGCUACUCCAACGAUUCUAACCCUUUUGGCGAUCCCAACCUCACAGAGAAGUAUGCGCAUUCGCCCCCUCCUCCGAUAACAUUACACAUUGCAUUGGUGAUGCUUGCUUUACCAGUAGAAACUUGGGUUGGCACCUGUUUGCUUAUAUGCUCCUAACUUUGCUAUUACAACUGAUAACAUUACACAUUUCUGCUCCUAACUUUGCUGUUACAAACGUUGUACUUCUUCAUUUGUUUGCCGGUUGUCCUAGUUAUGUACAGUUUGUGGUCCACUUUCAGAGCAAUCUAUAGUGUUGCAAACUGAAUUACUACUGAUUUGUCUUAUGGAUACAAAUCUGAAAAGAAUUUUAUGCCAGCACAGAUAAACCAUCCACCUUUGAUGAUUUCUACAGUGGGAAUGAGGCCUUGCUUAUUUGUAAAUAGCUUUGGAAGUCGAUUAGUAGCCUAAGUAUCUUGUGUGUAUGCUUAUAUGCUUUAUGGCAUAUUUCCUGUACCAACAAUAUAAUAUAAAUG